GAGGGGAAGAGAGAGCGACAGAGCGAAGUGUGGGAGGCUGCAGGAUGAACGGAGGAUAACAAUUAAAAAAGUAACCAAGUAGAGAAGAGCGAAAGAGGAAUAGCAAUUUUCUAUCGCCGUAAACAGGAUGUAUAGAAAAUAUUUAGAUGGGAAAAGAGAGAGAGAAAAAAGAUGAAGAAUGAAACAAUGACAGAGUGCGAAUGAGAGAAUAAAGGAAGCAGACAGAUGAUUUAUUAAGAGAGAAAGGCAGUCAGUGAGUGUAGAAAUGCGAAAUCGUGAUAAUAUAUAAACAUAUUAUAUACAUAUAUAAUAUAUGUGUGUAGUGAAGAAGAAUCCUCAUGUCGAUGACUGAAACACACAUCAACAAGAAAACAAACCUUUAAAAUAAGUUAAUCGGCAGGCACCAAAUUUAUUAUUAAUCAAAAUUAAUUAAUUAAAGACCAACAAAAGUAGCCACUGCCCGAAUAUCCAGCGGCUGUUAUUGUAUCGAAACUCCAUAUACAACAUGGUUGCUCCUUCAUCCACAUCUAAAGAAAGCUUACCAUCAGAAAUGUCAAAAAUGAAGAAGUUUGAAAAAUCACUUGGCUUUAAGUUUUCAGACUUUUCAAGUCCUUCACGAUUUGUCAAUUUGUUGAAUCGACCAACUGAUCCUGCAUUACUUGGAAUGAUACGACUUCUUUUUGGGUUUAUUAUGCUGCUGGAUAUACCUCAGGAGCGUGGCUUAUCAUCUAUUGAUGAAAAAUACAAUGAUGCUCAAAUGUGUAAUUUUCCUUUAUUUGACUUCCUGAAGCCUCUUCCUCUUGAAUGGAUGUAUGUACUAUACUUUUCCAUGUGGCUGAGUGCACUUUUCCUGAUGAUUGGUUUCUGUUUUCGUUUAAGCUCAAUCCUUUUUGCUGCAAUCUAUUGGUAUCUCUUUUUUUUGGACAAAACCAAAUGGAAUAAUCAUUCUUACCUCUACGGGCUCCAUGCAAUUAUGUUUAUGGUUAGUGAUGCUAACCAUUACUGGUCUGUUGAUGGCUUUUUGAAUCCCAAGAUCAGAAAUACUCACGUGCCAUUAUGGAAUUAUACAGUAUUGAGAUUUCAGAACUUUCUGGUGUAUUUUUUUGCUGGAAUCAAGAAAAUGACCCCAGAAUGGCUUGGGGGUUAUUCAAUGAAGUCACUAAGUGAACACUGGGUGUUCAUGCCUUUUACAUUAUUUUUGACACCUGACCAAAUAGAUUUAUUUAUUGUACAUUAUUUUGGCUUUUUCCUUGAUCUCACCAUUGGAUUUUUUCUAUUCUUUGAUACAACCCGACCAUAUGCCUUUGUUUUUGGAUUGAGUUUUCAUUUAAUGAACUCGCAAAUAUUUAAUAUAGGAAUGUUCCCUUGGGCCAUGAUGGUCACGAUGACAAUAUUCUUCUAUCCUGACUGGCCGAGGAAAAUCUUCAAAAACUUACCAGAAUCCAUCUCCUUCCAGAUUCCAGAAGAUGAACCAAUCCAAAAAAGCAAUCAUUGUAUUUAUGCUGUAAAGCAAGAAAUUUCAGGUGAAGGAAACCCAUUGUCUGCAGGUGAUGGAGAAAAAUCAACAUAUGAUUCAAAAUCCAACCAAAAGCAACACAACCAUCCCCAGUAUUCUUUGCGCCAUAUUUUUUCCACUGCCUUCGCUAUCUUUUAUAUCCUGUUGCAGUUAUUCUUGCCAUUUUCUCACUUCAUUACAAAGGGUUAUAAUAAUUGGACAUCUGGUCUGUAUGGAUAUUCUUGGGACAUGAUGGUUCAUAGAUGGAACACACAACAUCUGCAGAUUAUGUAUGUUGAGCGAGAUACUGGAGAAUCAGGAUUUAUUGAUCCCAUGGCGUUUGCCAGAAGCAGUAAGAGGUGGCCACUUCAUUCUGACAUGGUAAAGCAGUAUGCCUUAUGUAUUGAAAACAGGCUUGAAAAUCUUGGUCUCAAGAAUGUUGAACUCUAUUUUGAUGUUUGGGUUUCUUUGACGCAACGUUUCCAACAACGGUUAUUUGACCCAAAUACUGAUAUAAUCAAAGCAGAUUGGCACCCAUUCAAAGAUACUCCUUGGAUAUUACCAUUACAAAACCAACUUGCCAACUGGCGAAAUACCAUGGACAAAAUUACCAGAGAAGUCCAUGAGAAUAAUUCAUUGGAAGAUGUAACAUUUAUUCUUGAUUUCCCAGGAUAUCAUCUUGAAAAUUUUAUUCCAGAGGAUCUUCUUAGGAAUCGGUUAACAGUGCUCGAAGGAUCAGUAAUCGUUGAGAUACCUGAGCAAGAAAAGAACUACACACUACACAAAGGUGAUGGUGUAAAGGUUCCUUCUGGAGAGUUCCAUAUCGUCCAUACAGUUUCAUCAGGUCCUGCAGGUUAUAUGUAUACGUAUCUCAGUCAGAAAAAGUGGAGUGAAAGCACGGCAACCUGUCCUCGGCUCAAAUGGUACCAGAAACUCCCACAAGAUCCACAGUUCCAUAAUCCAAACCUGCUGGAGACGUUUGUAAAUUUCCUGAAAUUAAAAUAUUUUAUGUUUUCCAGGAGUCUCACAUUAUCUCUAGGGGCAGUGAAAAGUAUUAUCAGUGGCCAGCCUUUUGAAAGAAUAUUGAAUGAAACCUAUGAAUAUGAAAAUACACAUGUUGAAAGAUCUGUGAAAAACCAUGCAAGACUAUUUCUAUGAAAUGAAAGUCAGAUGGCAAAGAUAGAAAAAUCUCUUAACAUUCUGUAAUGUCAUUUGUCAUAUAACUGCCAGAUUUUAUUAAAUCUCUUAUAAAGCUAUUUAUGAAAUUCAUGCUUGAAGUAAAAUUUUAAUAUAUAUAUAUAUAUAAAACAGAAUUUUGAACAAUUCUAAAAAUGUUUCAAAG